AUGUCUAAAAUCAUAAAAAUCAACGAAAAAGGCACUAAAAUAGUUGUGGAUGGUUAUGCAUAUACCCUUCAACAUACGUUAUCAAAAACAAAAAGGUGGAAAUGCAGCAAUAAAACAAAGUAUAAUUGCCCGGGAACACUAUCUUCAUCGAUGAUCUUAACGAAUCCUGUACUUCAAAUUGAACACAAUCACGCGGGGAAUAAGCAAGUGAAAAUAAUUGAAAAAUUUAAAAACGACAUCAAAUUACGAUCACGAAAAACUUGUGACAAACCGAGUCAUAUAUUUGCGGAAGCUGUAAGUCAAAUACCAGCUGAAGCUCUAUUGUUUUUACCAAAAGAAAGUGUAGCAAAACGAACAAUUAGAAAUCAAAGAACUAAUAAUAAUCCUGCAUUAAAUUGCAUAAAUGAUAUUGUUAUAGAAAGUAAAUACAAUUUAUUAUUAAAAUAUAGUGUGAGAUUACAGAGCUUUUUUAGAGCUAAGCAAACCACCCACAACUUGAGGGGAACACUCAAGUCGUAUGACUGGGCUUUAGUUAUUGGACAACGGUUUUUAUUGGCUGAUAAUAAAUCAACAACUGGUGAAAGAAUUGUAUUGUUUGCAACAGAUGACAGCUUGAAAAUGUUGACAGAUGCCAAAACGUGGUAUUGCGAUGGUAAUUUUAACCUUAGUCCUAAAUAUUUCAUACAACUUUAUGUGAUAAGAGUUCAAAAAAAUGAUUCAUAUAUAACUGCAGUGUACUGUCUUCUUGAACGCAAGUCAAUGUCUAUUUAUGAAGAAAUGUUCAAACUUAUUUUAACUAAAUGUGCAGAGCACGAAUUAUUUCCCGAUCCAACCCACUUAAUGUUGAUUUUGAAAAAGCUCUAAUUUCUGCCGCUCAAAUAAUUUUUGAUUCAAAUUUGACUACUAGAGGCUGUUUUUAUCAUUUGUGCCAAAGUUCUUACAGAAAAGUCCAAGAUUUAGGGCUAAUCAAAAUGUAUAAAAAUAACGACGAAUUUGGCCAUUUUUGUGGAAUGGUGGUUAGGUCAAGUGGUCUUGCAUUUCUUCCUCUUGAACAUGUUUUCAAAGGAAUGGCUUACCUUAAAACAAUUGUUUCUCCUGAAGGAGAAGAUCUUUUAAAUUAUUUUGACGCAACCUACGUAAAUGGACCAGUUAGAAAAAUAGGGGUUGGUACCAAAUUCAAAUGAAAAAUAAUAAGUCCACUUUUUCCUCCGAAUACUUGGAAUGUACAUAAAACAACGAUUAAUGGUGACCACCGAACGAAUAAUGUAGGUAUGCGAAUCGUGGAAUAACAGAUUUAGUCAUUUAGUUGGCCACAGUUAUCCGACUAUUUGGACACUAAUCCAAAAAAUGAGAUUAGAAGUAGCGGCAGAUAAUGCGAAAUUAGCUAUCGACAGCAUGGGAGAGCCGGUAAAAAAGAAACAAAAUUCAACACAGUUCCGACUAGUUACUUUAUGUCAAAGUAUAGAUAAUCAUUCAAUUACCAUUGAAGAAUUUUUAGAAAAAAUUGGCCAUAAUAUCAGAACAAGGCCUAGAUAAACAUUAGAAUUUU